UGUAGGGCGCGCUCGACCCUCAAGCUUCUCCCGGGGCCCCUCUGCUGGAAGGAACCCUUCUUCGUUCUGUAGUCGGUAGCACGUCCACGGUUGUGGACAUGCCGGAGAUCAGCCUCCGCCACGUCGUGUCCUGCAGCAGCCAGGACUCGACCCAUUGUGCAGAAAACCUUCUCAAGGCCGACACUUACCGGAAGUGGCGCGCAGCCAAGGCAGGCGAGAAGACCAUCUCUGUGGUCCUACAGUUGGAGAAGGAGGAGCAGAUACACAGCAUAGACAUUGGGAACGAUGGCUCAGCCUUUGUAGAGGUGCUGGUGGGCAGCUCGGCGGGAGGAGCCACAGCUGGUGAACAGGACUAUGAGGUCCUUCUGGUCACCUCCUCUUUCAUGUCCCCUUCUGAGAGUCGAAGUGGUUCAAAUCCCAACCGCGUUCGUUUCUUUGGACCUGACAAGUUAGUCCGGGCUGCAGCAGAGAAGCGCUGGGAUCGUGUUAAAAUUGUGUGCAGCCAGCCAUACAGCAAGGACUCACCCUAUGGCCUGAGUUUUGUGAGGUUUCACAGCCCUCCAGACAAAGAGGAGGUGGAGGCUCCAUCCCAGAAGGUGACAGUGACCAAGCUCGGCCAGUUCCGUGUGAAAGAGGAGGAUGACAGUGCCAAUUCCCUAAAACCAGGGGCUCUCUUCUUCAGUCGCAUCAACAAGACAUCUUCAGCCUCUGCUAGCGACCCAGCGGGACCCAGCUAUGCAGCAGCUACACUGCAGGCCUCAAACGCAGGCUCCUCGGCCUCUCCAGUCUCCAAGGCUUUGGGUAGCUCUUCCAAGGUGAAGUCAUCAGACACUGGGGUAUGGGGAAUGAGAGAAGCUGGAAACCUCAGCCCAUCCCUGCCUCCUCAACCUCAGAAGUCUCCCAAAGGGAAGAGGAAACUGGACUUGAACCUAGAAGACAGGAAGCCUCCCAGCAAACCUUCAGCAGGGCCACCUGCCCUCAAGAGACCCAAAUUGCCUAUUCCUAGUCGCUCCCCAGCUGGAGCCCCAGCCUCUGCCCCAGCACAGAAGGCGGUCCCAGGGAAGCCCCAGGGAGAAAGCUCUGAGCCCAGGGUAGCCCGAGCUGGCCCCCAGGAGCUGGGGAAGAUUCUGCAGGGUGUGGUGGUGGUGCUCAGUGGCUUCCAGAACCCCUUCCGCUCAGAGCUGCGGGACAAAGCCCUGGAGCUGGGGGCCAAGUAUCGGCCAGACUGGACUCCGGACAGCACACAUCUCAUCUGUGCCUUUGCCAACACUCCCAAGUACAGCCAGGUCCUGGGCCUCGGAGGCCGUAUUGUGCGGAAAGAGUGGGUGCUGGACUGCUACCGGAUGCGGCGCCGGCUGCCCUCCCGGAGGUACCUCAUGGCAGGUCUUGGCUCCAGCAGUGAGGACGAGGGGGACUCUCCCAGUGAGAGCGGUGAAGAUGAAACUCCCAAGCUUCCCCAUAAGCGGCCCCAGGCCAAAGCCAAGACCCAGGCAGCAGGACCUAGCUCACCAAAAAGACCACCAACUCCAAAAGAGACGAAAGCACCCUCACCAGGACCCCAGGACAAUAGUGACACUGAGGGGGAACAGUCAGAAGGACAGGACAAUGGGGCAGAAGAUUCCGGGGACACGGAGGAUGAGCUGAGGAGGGUGGCCAAGCAGAGGGAGCAGAAGCAGCCCCCAGCUCCAGGGGAGAAUGGCGAGGACCCGUAUGCUGGCUCCACAGACGAGAAUACAGACACCGAGGCUGACCUGCCAAUUCCAGAGCUGCCAGACUUCUUCCAAGGCAAGCACUUCUUCCUUUAUGGGGAGUUCCCUGGGGACGAGAGGAGGAAGCUCAUCCGAUAUGUGACCGCUUUCAAUGGUGAGCUUGAGGACUACAUGAGCGAGCGUGUCCAGUUCGUUAUCACAGCCCAGGAGUGGGACCCCGUCUUUGAGGAGGCCCUGAUGGACAACCCUUCCCUGGCGUUCGUCAGGCCCCGGUGGAUCUACAGUUGUAAUGAAAAGCAGAAGUUACUCCCCCAUCAGCUCUAUGGGGUGGUGCCCCAGGCCUGAGUGUGCACACCUGUAUGCAUGUGUACACGUGUGCACACAUGAGUUUAAUAAAGACUUUUUUUGGCAUA